AAAUUCAUAUCUUCGGUCCUGUCCUUGUUGCUAACCGCUCAUAGCAACGUUGUUCUACAGUAGUAAAAACUAACAAGCGUGAGUGUCCAUCGUUCAUUUGUGCAAGUGUCGAUCGGAGUAAAAGAGCAGAAUGAGUCAACGACAAGUGUUACAAGUGUUUGAACAGUACCAGAAGAGUCGGACACAAUUUGUCCAGACAGUUGCUGAACUUGCCUCAAGACCACAAAACAUCGAGACACUCCAGAAUGCCGGAGUUAUGUCGCUUCUACGUCCUCUGCUCCUGGAUAUAGUGCCAACUAUUCAGCAGACAGCGGCUCUGGCUCUCGGACGUCUGGCAAAUUAUAACGAUGACCUAGCUGAAGCAGUAGUGAAAGGAGAUAUCUUACCUCAGCUUGUCUACUCACUGGCUGAACAAAAUCGUUUCUACAAGAAGGCUGCAGCUUUUGUGCUUCGAGCUGUUGCCAAACACUCCCCUCAGCUGGCCCAGUCUGUGGUAGACUGCGGGGCUCUCGAUGCUCUGGUCAUCUGUCUGGAGGAGUUUGACCCCGGGGUGAAGGAGUCUGCAGCAUGGGCUCUUGGCUACAUUGCCAGACACAAUGGAGAGCUAGCCCAGGCUGUGGUUGAUGCUGGUGCAGUGCCGCUGUUGGUGUUGUGCAUCCAGGAACCAGAGCUGUCCCUGAAGAGAAUAGCUGCUUCAGCUCUCAGUGAUAUCUGCAAACAUUCACCAGAGCUGGCCCAGACCGUGGUUGAUGCUGGUGCUAUUGCUCAUCUUGCACAGAUGAUCCUCAACCCUGAUGCAAAACUCAAGCGUCAAGUGUUUUCAGCACUGAGCCAGAUUGCCAAACACUCUGUGGACUUAGCAGAGAUGGUGGUAGAGGCAGAGAUAUUCCCGGCAGUCCUCACUUGUCUCAAAGACCAAGAUGAAUAUGUCAAGAAGAAUGUUGCUACACUCAUCAGAGAGAUCGCCAAACACACACCAGAGCUGUCGCAGCUGAUUGUCAACGCUGGUGGAGUGGCAGCUGUUGUAGACUACGUCGGGGAAUCCAAGGGGAAUGUGAGACUGCCUGGAAUCAUGAUGCUUGGAUACGUUGCAGCUCACUCCGAAAACCUGGCCAUGGCAGUCAUUGUAUCAAAGGGAGUAGUACAGUUGGCCAUCUCGCUGGCCGAGGAACGGGAUGACCAUAUCCAGGCUGCUGGAGCGUGGGCACUUGGACAGAUUGGACGACACACACCGGAACAUGCUAAGGCAGUGGCAGUGGCUAAUGUGCUUCCUAAACUACUUCAUUGCUAUCUCCGUGCUGAUGCAUCAGAAGACCUCCAGACAAAGAGCAAGAAAGCCCUGAAGAACAUCCUACAGAAGUGUGUCCACCUGCCUGCCCUGGAACCCCUCCUCCAUGAUGCUCCUCCCAAUAUCCUCAAGCAUGUUGUUGGUCAGUUCAGCAAAGUCCUGCCCCAUGACUCUAAGGCCCGCAGAUUAUUUGUCACUAGUGGAGGUUUGAAGAAGAUCCAGGAAAUCAAGACAGAACCUGGCUCAGCUCUGGCAGAAUAUGUCAAUACAAUCAACAACUGCUACCCAGAAGAAAUUGUCAAAUACUACUCCCCUGGUUACUCUGAUGCCCUCCUGGAGAGAGUGGAGCAGUUUGCUCCCAAAGUGUAACAAUGCUUUCCUGACAACAUAAUAUAGGAAUAUUACAGACACUUUUGUGCUGACCUGAGUUUGAAUCAAGUCAUUUGUAUACAUCUUCGGGGAUAACUUUCAAGAAAUGUGAAACUCAUUAGGUAUUUUGAACUCCAUAUCAGUGCAUGCCAGGAGGAACAGUGCCACCCGGGAA